CAUCAAUCCGAUUGAUAUAUAAAUACAAUUCCUCAACUUCAACGCAUUCGUGACAAAUCUUGUUAUCACGUUGAUUGAAAUAAAUCAAUGAACUAUCUAAGUUGAGUAGUCGCGAACAACCGCGCAUCUCGGCUGCCGAAUCAAAGCGGCGUCAGCACCCAAGCCAAGCUCACCUCACCCUCGUUUAGCAAUUUAUUCAACGGCCGCCGUCCGCCAUUCCAUCUACUGCCCCGACGCGUCCAGACCACCAAAACGCAACUCACCACCAACACUCAUCUCCGAUUUCUGCAGCCGCCGUGGCCGCUCACAGAAUGGAGAGCAAGAAGCGCAAGCUCCCCGCCCGCACCUCGUCGCGCGUCGAGGCCGCCAGCAAGAAGCGGACAUCGACGCCGCCCCGCGAGCCUGCGCGUCCACCCACCCCGGUUCCUGUCGUCGUCGUCGAGAAGGAACCACUUCCCAAGAGCAUAGUCCCGGGCAAGCCGCUGCCGACUGUCGAGCAGCAACAACCAGAUGACUUGUCGUCGAGCGAAUACCAGUCCAUUGCCGAGAGCCGCGUCUUGGCCGAGUCGCUGGAUCGAUCGAGGAGGAAGUGGCUGAGCGAGGGCAUCUUCGAGAAGUACUGGACAAAGCCGUCAAAGAAGAAACCCAAGGAUGGCCGGCCGGUGGAGGAGCUCAAGAACCCGCCCAAGGACUCCAUGACGAAAAUCGGACAGUGCACAAUUACGAUCGAGCCACACGUCUUCGACGCUAUCAUGUACGUUGUCAAAGAUACGACGCCGAAGCAGCCACCGACGCCACAACAGCUGCCGCAGUAUCGACCCAUCAUGCAAUACGGACCGCCUAAUGGUGUCGUUCCCCAACACCCGCCACCACCACCACCACAGGCCCCUCACCAGCAAUUCGUCCCAAUGCAUGCGGCUCCGCCUCCUCAACCACCACAUCCUCAACACCCACCACAAUCAAGGCCACAAGACACACCAACGCGACCUUCCGAACCAACACACACAGGCCAACCCGCAGGACCACCCCCUCUGAACGGCCACCCUCACCCCCCACCUCCGCUCAUCUCGCAACCACAUCCUCAAACUCCACAAACUCAACCACAACCGCCCCCACCGCUCUCACAAUCACAACCCCCAACCCCCCAAUCACACCCCUCACACCCCUCACACCCCUCACAUCCGCCACACAUCCCCUCCAACCCCAACCACCACCCCGCACCCUCCCCCGCCCCCCCAGCCAAAACCUUCGACCCCGUAAUCCAAAUGCUCGCCGAGCGCGCCGCCAAAUCCCCCGAUCUCAAGGCCCUAAUGCGCAUCGUCGCCGACGGCAAAGCCACGCCCGCCGAACUGCGCCGCUUCCAGACGCACAUCGACGAGCUCACCAAAGCCCUGAACGCUCGCGGCGGACCGCCCAAAUCCCAACCCUCCCCCGCACCACCGCCUCCGCUGCAGACGCAGCAGCCGCCUAUGCCGGGGCAGCAUCAGGUGCAGCCGAAAUGGGAGCAUACUGGGACGCAGCCCUUGCCGCCGCAUGCGCAGAGACAGGGUGGACCGCCGCCGUUGCUCGCGCAGCCGCGACCGUAUGAUAAGCCGCUCCAGCACGCGUCGCCGUAUGGCGCGCCGCCUCAGCCGCAGGCACUCCGCUCAAAGGGGCCCGUGAGCACGAAACCCGAGCUCUCGUGUGUGGUCUUCGAGUUCGUGGGGGGGAACGGGGAUAGGUAUCUUUUCCCUAAGUACAGCAUUCUCGAAUACGUGCCGGGUGGUCAGGUGAUCGCAUCUUUCUUGAUCGUGAGGAAGGGCUCAGCUGGGGAGGGAGGGGGUUAUGAUCCGGCGCUGGAUUACUACCAGCCUGUUACGAUGAGGUUGUGGACGGGACAGGGACGUCAGCUUGAGAGUCUGGCGCGUGUGGUGAGACCGCAGGAGGAGGUGAGGAGGUGGAUGGAUGGGGUGAUGGAGGGGAUGACGAGGGGGGAGUACGUAUUACUCGCUAUGCGCCUACCCCGCGAGCGGGGCGUGACGGAUCGGGAGAGGGAACGCGAGAAGGAAGUAAAGAAGGAGGAGGAGAGGGAGAGGGAGCUGAAGAGGGAGACGGGGGAGGAGGCGGUGCUGUGGAAUACGAGCGCGAAUCAGGUGAAUGGCGGGGGGGCAAGGGUGAAGGCGCCGCCGAAGGGGUUGUCGGAGGAGGAACGGUAUCAGAAUUUUAUUAGGACGGUGAGUUAGUUUGGUGUGUUUGGGUUUUGUGGGUGGCGUUUUUUGGGGGGAAGGAAGAGGCAGAUGAAUUGGACUGGACAGAUUGAAAGACUGGCAGUUUGGGGGUUAUUAUAUGGGUUUUUAUGUUUUUUUUGGGAAAAGCGAACGGGUCUGGGAGGAAAAGAUGGGAUGGGAUGGGAAUGGAAGAGAUGGGAAAAGAAAAAGAUGGGAGUCUGUAUGCGACUGUGAGCGAAGAUUGAUAUCUGUAUGCGUAGAGAUGUUGGAGAAGACCUCAAGGGAAUGAGAUGAGAUGAGAUGGGAUCUUAUUCAUAGUCUAUUUAUACCGACUAGCUAGAGCUAGAACUAGUCAGGCCAGGCCAGUGAUUAAUUGAUCUGAGCCCGGGUUCGUGAGAGGGGAUUGAAAAGAAAGAACGAUUACCACUCUACCACUGUUGUCACUGGCGUCACUGCUGUCUCCUUGUGUCGUACUCCUUGCCUCAUGUAUCCCAUCACCCAUCUUACAGCUCUUCCUCGGCGUCUUAACUCUAGACUUGGUCUUCUUUCUCGCCGUCUUCACCCUACACUUCGUCUUCCUUCUCGGCGUCUUCGCCCUAGACUUGGCCUAUACACCAACUGAGCAUCGACACAACAUCCUCACCUGCCCUCGUACUCUGGGUUAUCACGAUUGGUUCACGUACAACUCACCAGCAUCACCUCCUCACCUUCCCCUCACUCUCCCCUCCCUCACUCGCAGACUCACUACCAGUACAGCACACCUUCCACCUUACACCUCCUCCCAGGACACUGCACAGCACACCACCCAAACCCCGCACGCACGCACAAACACACACCCCCAACACCUGCCCCUCUCGCUCUAGUACACGCGCGCCGCUAUCCAUCGGCACUUAUGCGCGCUCGUAGUGCUUGUGCGGGCUUAUGUGGUGGGUUUGUGGGUUCUAGCGUGCUAGGGGUGGAGGGGUGCUAGAUGGGGAAGGUGUGUGGGUGGUGAGAUAAGUAAACGCGCUGUUUAGCACGGUCGUGAUUG